AAACAAAAAAAAAAAAACUGUGUCCCUGGCCCGGGGCCAGCGUCCCAGCCCCCCUCGCCGCCGCCGCGCAGCUCUCCAGCCAGGGAAAACAACUGCUCACUUCUCCCUGCGCCCUCCCCGCGCGCUCCCUGCCUCCCGGCGGCCGCGGGAGAGGAGCCCGGCCAGGGGGAGGCGCGGAGCGGGCCGGCCGCCCGGCCUUCCUCUCCCUCGCUCCUCCUCUCCACCUCAACUUGCUCCGGCCUCCUCGCUCCUGCCUGAGUUCGGGGCCUGGGCUAGGCUUCGUCCCGGGGCUAGGAAGUUUCUGCGCUCCCCGCGGUCCAGUCUCCAUCUCCGCGCCUCCCGCCGGGCCCCCGCGGUCCCCUCCUGCCCGCUUCCUCCGCUGCCCUCCCUCGCUGCCCCCUACCCUCUCCCGGGGCUCCCAGCCCUCUAACUCCUUCGGGCGCGGGCCCCUCGCCCCGCCCGGGUGCGCCCCCCCUCCCCCGGGUCCUGCGGCCCCGGAUGCCCGGGCCCCGAGGGGCUCCUGGCGGCCUGGCCCCUGAGAUGCGCGGGGCGGGGGCGGCGGGGCUGCUGGCGCUGCUGCUGCUGCUGGGCCUGGGCGGCAGGGUCGAGGGGGGGCCGGCCGGCGAGCGGGGCGCAGGCGGGGGCGGGGCGCUGGCCCGCGAGCGCUUCAAGGUGGUCUUUGCGCCGGUGAUCUGCAAGCGGACCUGUCUCAAGGGCCAGUGUCGGGACAGUUGUCAGCAGGGCUCCAACAUGACGCUCAUCGGAGAGAACGGCCACAGCACAGACACGCUCACGGGCUCCGGCUUCCGCGUGGUGGUGUGCCCUCUCCCCUGCAUGAACGGCGGCCAGUGCUCCUCGCGAAACCAGUGCCUGUGUCCCCCAGACUUCACCGGGCGCUUCUGCCAGGUGCCCGCAGGAGGAGCCGGCGGGGGUACCGGUGGCUCAGGUCCUGGCCUGAGCAGGGCGGGGGCCCUGUCCACGGGGGCGCUGCCGCCCCUGGCUCCGGAGGGCGACUCUGUGGCCAGCAAGCACGCCAUCUACGCCGUCCAGGUGAUCGCCGACCCUCCUGGGCCCGGGGAGGGGCCCCCUGCCCAGCACGCAGCCUUCCUGGUGCCCCUAGGCCCGGGACAGAUCUCAGCAGAAGUGCAGGCCCCGCCCCCCGUGGUGAACGUGCGCGUCCAUCACCCGCCCGAGGCCUCGGUCCAAGUGCACCGCAUUGAGAGCUCGAACGCCGAGGGUGCGGCCCCCUCCCAGCACCUGCUGCCGCACCCCAAGCCCUCGCAUCCCCGGCCGCCCACCCAGAAGCCCCUGGGCCGCUGCUUCCAGGACACUCUGCCCAAGCAGCCCUGUGGCAGCAACCCCCUCCCCGGCCUCACCAAGCAGGAAGACUGCUGCGGUAGCAUCGGCACCGCCUGGGGCCAGAGCAAGUGCCACAAGUGCCCCCAGCUGCAGUACACAGGAGUGCAGAAGCCAGGGCCUGUACGUGGGGAAGUGGGCGCUGACUGCCCCCAGGGCUACAAGAGGCUCAAUAGCACCCACUGCCAGGACAUCAACGAGUGUGCAAUGCCGGGCGUGUGUCGCCAUGGUGACUGCCUCAACAACCCUGGCUCCUAUCGCUGUGUCUGCCCACCUGGCCAUAGUUUAGGCCCCUCCCGUACACAGUGCAUUGCAGACAAACCGGAGGAGAAGAGCCUGUGUUUCCGCCUGGUGAGCCCUGAGCACCAGUGCCAGCAUCCACUGACCACCCGCCUCACCCGCCAGCUCUGCUGCUGCAGUGUCGGCAAGGCCUGGGGCGCGCGGUGUCAGCGCUGCCCGGCAGAUGGCACCGCUGCGUUCAAGGAGAUCUGCCCAGCUGGGAAGGGAUACCACAUUCUCACCUCCCACCAGACGCUCACCAUUCAGGGCGAAAGCGACUUUUCCCUUUUCCUGCACCCUGACGGGCCACCCAAGCCCCAGCAGCUUCCGGAGAGCCCUAGCCAGGCUCCACCACCUGAGGACACAGAGGAGGAGAGAGGGGUGACCACGGACUCACCAGUGAGUGAGGAGCGGUCAGUGCAGCAGAGCCACCCAACUGCCACCACGUCUCCUGCCCGGCCCUACCCCGAGCUGAUCUCCCGUCCCUCGCCCCCGACUAUGCGCUGGUUCCUGCCGGACUUGCCUCCUUCCCGCAGCGCCGUCGAGAUCGCUCCCACUCAGGUCACAGAGACUGAUGAGUGCCGACUGAACCAGAACAUCUGUGGCCAUGGAGAGUGCGUCCCAGGCCCCCCAGACUACUCCUGCCACUGCAACCCGGGCUACCGGUCACAUCCGCAGCACCGCUACUGCGUGGAUGUGAACGAGUGCGAGGCAGAGCCCUGUGGCCCGGGCAGGGGCAUCUGCAUGAACACCGGCGGUUCCUACAAUUGCCACUGCAACCGCGGCUACCGCCUGCAUGUGGGCGCCGGGGGGCGCUCGUGCGUGGACCUGAACGAAUGCGCCAAGCCCCACCUGUGCGGCGACGGCGGCUUCUGCAUCAACUUUCCCGGUCACUACAAGUGCAACUGCUACCCCGGCUACCGGCUCAAAGCCUCCCGGCCUCCUGUGUGCGAAGAUAUCGACGAGUGCCGGGACCCGAGCUCCUGCCCGGAUGGCAAAUGCGAGAACAAGCCCGGGAGCUUCAAGUGCAUAGCCUGUCAACCUGGCUACCGCAGUCAGGGGGGCGGGGCCUGUCGCGAUGUGAACGAGUGCGCCGAGGGCAGCCCCUGCUCGCCUGGCUGGUGCGAGAACCUCCCGGGCUCCUUCCGCUGCACCUGUGCCCAGGGCUACGCGCCCGCGCCCGACGGCCGCAGUUGCGUAGAUGUGGACGAGUGUGAGGCUGGGGACGUGUGUGACAAUGGCAUCUGCACCAACACACCAGGAUCUUUCCAGUGUCAGUGCCUCUCUGGCUACCAUCUGUCCAGGGACCGGAGCCACUGCGAGGACAUUGAUGAGUGUGACUUCCCUGCAGCCUGCAUUGGGGGUGACUGCAUCAAUACCAAUGGCUCCUACAGAUGUCUUUGCCCAGGGCAUCGGCUGGUGGGUGGCAGGAAAUGCCAAGACAUAGAUGAGUGCACCCAGGACCCAGGCCUGUGCCUUCCCCACGGGGCCUGCAAGAACCUUCAGGGCUCCUAUGUGUGUGUCUGCGAUGAGGGCUUCACUCCCACCCAGGACCAGCACGGUUGUGAGGAGGUGGAGCAGCCCCACCAUAAGAAGGAGGCUACCUGAACUUCGAUGACCACAGUGUUCUGCGACAGCGUAUUGGCCACCAACGUCACCCAGCAGGAGUGCUGCUGCUCGCUGGGGGCCGGCUGGGGCGACCACUGCGAAAUCUACCCGCCAGUCUACAGCCUCAGCCGGUUCCACAGCCUCUGCCCAGACGGAAAGGGCAACACCCAGGACAACAACAUCGUCAACUACGGCAUCCCAGCCCACCGUGACAUCGACGAGUGCAUGUUGUUCGCGGAGAUUUGCAAGGAGGGCAAGUGCGUGAACACACAGCCUGGCUACGAGUGCUACUGCAAGCAGGGCUUCUACUACGACGGAACCUGCGGAAUGCGUGACGUGGACGAAUGCCUGGACGAGUCCAACUGCCGGAACGGAGUGUGUGAGAACACGCGCGGCGGCUACCGCUGUGCCUGCACGCCCCCAGCGGAGUACAGUCCUGCGCAGCGCCAGUGCCUGAGCCCGGAAGAGAUGGUGAGGCCCGGGCCGGGGAGUCAGGACCCCGGCAGCCUGCCCCCUGGCCGCUGCGUCAACCUGCCGGGCUCCUACCCGCUGCGAGUGUCGCCCGCCCUGGUGCCCGGGCCCGCCGGCCGCGAUUGCCAGCUCCCGAGACCCGGCCCGCGCCCCGGACGGCGCGACGUGUGCUGGAGUCAGCGCGGAGAGGACGGCAUGUGCGCGGGCCCCCAGGCCGGGCCUGCCCUUACCUUCGACGACUGCUGCUGCCGCCAGGGCCGCGGCUGGGGCGCCCAGUGCCGCCCGUGCCCGCCGCGCGGAGCGGUAGGCAGUCGGGGAGGAGUUGGCCAGGAGCGAGGAUGGGGGCCAGGGCCUGGGACCCCAGCGUCGCUGACCAGCUCUGCUCCUCCCAGGGUCCCAGUGCCCCCGACAUCGCAGAGCGAAAGCAAUUCCUUCUGGGACACGAGCCCCCCUGCUGCUGGGGAAGCCCCGGAGAAUGAGGACAGUUCAGAGAGGAUUCAGACGAGUGUCCGCUGUGUGAGUGGCCGCUGUGUGCCGCGGCCAGGCGGCGCCGUGUGCGAGUGUCCCGGCGGCUUCCAGCUCGACGCCCCCGUGCCCGCUGCGUGGUGAGCAGGGCUUUGGGGUGGGCAGGGGAGGGCCUGUGACAUCGACGAGUGCCGAGAGCUGAACCAGCGUGGGCUGCUGUGCAAGAGCGAGCGCUGCUGGAACACAGCGGCUCCUUCCGCUGCGUCGCAAAGCCGCUUCGCGCGCAGCCGCCCGCACGGGGCCUGCGUUCCCCAGCGCCGACGCUGACACCGCCCUCGGCCCAGACCUCGUGAUCACUGAGGGUUUCUGCGAGCUCGCCUCACUUCUGCCCCACUUGGGCUCGGACCCAGGGACGUUGGGGCCCGCAGACCCUCCCUGCGCCUUGAGACCCGCGGCGCCCCUACCGCCCACCCGUUGCGGGGCGGUUGUAAGGUCCCCCGGCGGCGCUGUCUGCCUUCCUCCCAGAGGGUGUUCCUAGAAACUGAUAAAUCAGAUCGUGCCUCUUUA